UGUGUGACGAGAAAGAUAUUUGCUAGACCAAUGGAUCAAAAAAUGGCUAAGACUGCGUAUCAGUGGGUGGACAUUGAUAACAGGGAUCUGCUCUUUGAAGGAACAAUAAAUCCAUUCACCUACGUUAAUACAGCAGGAGAUGGAUACUAUCAUAAUGUAGCAGGACAAGGGAAUAUCAUGAUGAUGAAAAGAAAAAGAGAAAUAUUUCAUUUCCACUCGAGAUGUGAUGACUGUUUUGACAUGAUCAAUCAGAAUUUUUAUGACAGGCACAACAUGCUGUCAUUGAUGCAAAUCCCAGAAAAAUUUUAAUUAAAUUGCCAAAAGUCACUGUCACUGGUACAAUCGGAAUAGGGAGAAAGGAAAUGGGACUACAGGAGCAGAGCAGAAUUGCAAAAACACCUCUAUUAAUUCCUCCUUAUUCUGUGUCAGUGCUUAAACAUAAUCCCCUCCAGUUAUGUAAAAUACACAGGGCUAUCUUGAGUGUACAAGAGAGUGAACCAUGGCUGCAGAAGUUAAAGGAGGUGUGGAGGUAUUAGACAUUCUACUAGAGUUGGAGAGAAGACCAGCAGAUGACCCAACACCAGUGCCGGACCCAGUCACCCAGUGUACAGAGUUGGAACUAAAAAAUAGGGACAUCCAAUUUAUUCCCAGCACCAUUGAUAGAUGUACCAAUCUCAAAAAGAUCAAUCUUGAACAUAACAAGCUGAAGACACUUCCUAGGUCGAUGUUCAAAUUAAAAAAUCUUACACAUCUAAACCUCAGCUUCAAUCAGUUCACAGAGCUACCAGCCACAGUGUGUGCUCUACCACAUAUAGAGAACCUGAAGCUCCCGAAUAAUAAAAUAUCCAGUCUGCCUCCUGAUAUUAGUAAGAUGACCACAUUGAAGAGUUUAGACCUUGGGUGGAAUCGGUUCACAGAGCUCCCAACCUCAGUGUUUGCUCUACCACAUAUAGAGAACAUGAACCUCAGGGGUAACAAGUUAUCCAGUCUCCCUACUGAUAUCAGCAAGGUUACUACACUGAAGAGUUUGAAACUUGGGUGGAAUCAGAUCACAGAGAUCCCAGUCUCAAUAUGUGACCUACCACAUAUAGAACACCUGAAACUACCAUAUAACAAGCUAUCCAGUCUCCCUCCUUAUAUCAGCAAGAUGACCUCACUGAAGAGUUUAAACCUUGGGGGAAAUCAGAUCACAGAGCUCCCAGCCUCAGUGUGUGCUUUACCACAUAUAGAGAACCUGAAUUUAUGGGGCAACAAGCUAUCCAGUCUCCCUCCUGAUGUCUGCAAGAUGACUUCACUGAAAUUUUUGAACCUCAGGGGGAAUCAGAUCAAAGAGCUCCCAGCCUCAUUGUGUGCUCUUCCACGUAUAGAGAACCUGAAAGCAGGGGGUAACAAGCUAUCCAGUCUCCCUUCUGAUGUCAGAAAGAUGAGCACCCUGAAGAGUUUAAACAUUGGGUUCAAUCAGUUUGCAGAGCUCCCAGCCUCAGUGUUUGCUCUACCACAUAUAGAGCACCUGGACCUCAGGUAUAACAAGCUAUCCAGUCUUCCUUCUGAUAUCAGUAAUGUCACCACACUGAAGAGUUUGAACCUUUCCCAUAAUAAUAUUGCAUGUUUACCCCAUCAGCUUUCUUCACUACCACUUCUUGAAAACCUAGUUGUGGAUGCUAACCCCAUUCAGCAACCUCCCUACUCUGUGUGUAGGAAAGGAAAAGAUGCAAUAUUGAGAUACUUAACAGAACUCAGGGAGUCAAAAGCAGUCCAGUCUUGCAGAUUGCAGUUAAACUUCCUUGGUGAGACAGAGAGUGGGAAAACCAGUUUGGCGCGCUCCCUGAGACACAGGAUACCUAUGUUGACUGAGCUAGCAGACAGAACUAGAGUUGUGGAGCAGUCAGAGUGGGAAAUUGAAGGGGGCAUCAGCUUUAACAUCAAUGACUUUGGAGGUCAUGAUGUGUAUAGAGUUGGACACAGUAUUUUCAUCUCACAGAACAGUAUAGUUCUUGUCACCUUUGACCUGUCGACCUAUGACCCCUGCAGCAGAUCACAUUUCAGGCGACAUAUAGGAAUCUGGAUAGACAUGGUGCAUUCCCACAAUCCAGAUGUAAAAAUUGCCUUGGUUGGUACACAUGUUGAUAAAAUUGAUGAGGCAACUGGAGAAAAUGUCCGUGCAUCUAUCCAAAAAUCAAUUGCAGAUGAAAGAAGAAAAAGGCAAGAGUGGUGCCACAAGCAAAAUAGAGAUCUCAAAGAAAGAAUACAAGCCUUACAGAAAGACAAAACCAAAGUCCUGAUUACGGCAUACAGAAAGAAGAUAGAAUCAUUGGACAAUGCAAGUGGAUAUGAAAAGUCAAAAAUUCAUCCUCACAUUUUCAUGCUGAGUUCCAAAACCCAAGCAGGUUUUAGACCCCUUACAGAUUACCUUGCUACCCAAGCAAGGGAAAGUAGUAUUACCCUCCCAAAGACCUGGCACAAGGCAGCAAUGACAAUCUGCUCCAAAAGGGAAAAGAAAACUGAAAACACACUUGGUGGUGACAUAGUGAAGCAGGAAAUAAAAAACUCUGUAAGUGUACGGAAUGUUGCUCUAUACUUCAUGAAAAAGCUACGUCAACAGACUGAUGACAUUGCAAAUGAUAUUCUUGCCUUCCUUGUCAGCAGAGGUGACAUCAUCUGGUAUCCAAACAAUCCCAUUCUAAGAAACACCAUCUUCCAUAGGCAGGAAGUUCUAGCUGAUCUCCUGAAGGCAGUGCUCAACCAUGAUAAGGGUGAAUUCAAAGAAAUUCUAGGACAAAUGUCUGUCAGUGAGCCCAUGGCAGAGAGAAUAAGAGAAGAUUUCAGUAUGAGAGGGAUUGUCUCUGAGCAGGUGAUGGAGGCCAUGUGGAAACCAUUCGGUGUGACAGACAGGGAAGCCAGUGCAAUGGUGGAGCUCAUGCAGAGGCUAGAGUUAUGCUUCAAGGUGAAUGAGGGCAAAAAUGGCGCCACAUUUCACUUCCCAUGGCUGCUUGAACUCAGUCGCCCUUCAACCAUGGACACCGAGUGGCCAAAGUCCGUACCUGCGAACACUAUACAGGUUACCCUAAAUGUGUAUUUCCCAUAUGGCUGUCCAGAUGGACUAUAUGAGAAAUUAUCUGUGCGCCUUCAUUCUACCCUUGGACUCUAUCAGCCUAUGAGGAGAGACUGGAGAGAUGGGGUAUUUGUGGACAUGGGGUCACAGUACAUGCAAAUGACCAGAAGCCAGACGGACAAAGACUGGGUGAUUACCAUUGCUGUUCGAGGUCAACAUAUCCCAGACCUGUGGAGAACACUGCUCCAAAACCAUGACCACCUCAUGAAUAUCCUGGAGGAAGAUUGGCCUGGCUUACCAUGUGACAAGUACCUGGUGUGUCCUCACUGUACAAGUCUAGAUGUAGAUACCCCAACCCUGUUCCCUGGUGAAGUGAUUGACCAGCCCCCAGCCACGACUGCCGACUUGGUGCCAUGUUGGAAUACUGGAAAAAUGAUACCAGCUAACUUAAUAUGUCCCAAUAUGCCAGCCAUGAAACCCCACCAAAAGCAUGCCCUGAAACAGCACAUGGAGCUGCUGGUCCACAACAUUACCAAGCCAUGCCUGAGUUACCUGCUGGACAUGCUGAUGCAAGAAGGGGUAAUCACUGACAGAGAGAAGGAGUAUGUACAUUCUAAGCCAUCUAUUGGGGACACAGAGGAAGCUAAGGGGGCAGCAGCAGCAGCCAGUGAGGUGUCUCCUGAACAGACAAGAACACUGCUCAACAUACUGCUAACCAAAGAGGAGAGGGCAUUCAAAUAUCUAUGUAGAUGCCUGGAGAAGAAUGGACAGGGGUUCCUAGCAGAAAAGCUAAAAAGGCCAUAAGUCCUGUUGUUAUAUGAGGAAGGCCAUGUGGACACUGUGCACCAGUAAGUUGACAAUGCUGACAAC